AUGACAGUCGAAGCAAAAACGUUCACGAACAAAUCUAAUGGCGAAACAUUCACAAAAGGCACUUACAACGGUAUUGAAGUCUUACGUAGAGACAAGGAUGGUUAUAUAAAUGCAACAAAGAUAUGUCAGCAGUUUAGGAAAGACUUUAGAAGGUUGUUGGAAAAUAAGUCCUGGGAAGAGUAUUUUAAGGCAUUUUGUGAAGAAUAUACCAACCCGCGGAAUUCCGCGGGUUGCUUUUUAUACAAAGUUCAUGCAGGAAUUCCGGAUGAAAUCAAACAGGUUAGAGGAACGUAUGUAGACCCAAGACUUGUAAACUAUAUAGCAAUGUGGGCUUCUCCAAAAUAUUGUAUAGCAGUUGGAAAAAUUCUGGACUCCAUAGACAAGAAAGUUCAUGAGAAAUUAGAUGAAGAAGAACUUGAAGAUACAGUAGAGAAUGCAAAACCUUUGUUCGAACAAGAAGUUAGAAAAAUGUGCGAAAAACAAAUAGAACAUGAACGUGAGAUAUGUUCUG